UGUGCAGCAGGGCUUCACUCGCUUCUCUUUUCCUCCGGCUCAUUUUCACUGACAGCCUGCAGUCAGACUCAGCUGUGAGGCUCCCUUCUCCGAUCUCCCUCUCGGGGGUACACAGCGCAGCUGCGGGGGGCACAGGGCAGCUCCGGCCUGGAGGGGGGCGCAGGGAUGGAGGCUCUGGCUCUCUAUACUUUUCGGGCCACAGAGAGCGACGAGCUCAGCUUUCAGAAGGGCGACGUCCUGAAGAUCACCAACAUGGAAGAUGACCCUAACUGGUACACCGCAGAGCUGACGGGGCGCAGAGGCUAUGUCCCCAAGAACUACAUCAACGUGCGACCCCACGCGUGGUUCGCGGGACGGGUGGCCAGACAGGUGGCCGAAGGGCGUUUGCGGCAGGAGGAGUGCGGGGGGUUCCUUGUGCGGGAGAGCGAGAGUGCCCCGGGGGAGUUCUCCAUGUCUGUCAGUUAUGGGGAUCACGUGCAGCACUUCAAGGUGCUGAAGGACCGAGAGGGGCAGUACUUUGUGUGGGACGAGGCCUUCAGUUCGCUGAACCAGCUGGUGGAAUUCUACAAGACCAACAGCAUCGCCAAGGAGAGGACCAUCUUCCUGAGGGAGGGGAAACUCUCACCUGGGAAAGCCCAACAUGGCUACGCCCUGUUUGACUUCAAACCCCAGCACCCUUCCCAGCUACACUUCCAUCGUGGUGAUGUCAUCGACCUCUUGGACUGCACCGACCCCCAGCGCUGGAAGGGCCGUUGCCAUGGUCGCGUGGGCUUCUUCCCCCCGGAAUAUGUCCAGCCUGUCUAUCACUGAUACCCCCCCACCGCCCCCAACCCCCACGCAAACUGCCCCCGCUCCCCAAAAUGUAUGGACUCAUGGGACCGGCUUUGCCGACCUAAUCACAGGCAGAGCAGGAGAGGGACAACAGGGGCCCGCCUGGGUUAAAGGUUUGAAGGAGGACUGGCACAGUGACUGUCCUUACAAACAACCCAUGACCUGACAAGAUGAAGAUCUAACAUGUUCAACUGCUGUGUCACAGAGGGAGGCCUUAAAAACUGCCACAUACAAAAUGUGCAAAGAGAUACUAUGAAGAGCGAAAACAAAAAAAGUUGCUUGUUUAAAAAAGUAGGCAUGAAAGGCUCUACUAAGAUCUGAAGCCAGACUUGUGUAUUAUUGAUCAUGCUCAUCUUUAAAAUCUCUGCCCUAGAUAUACUGAGAAGUAACACAUUCCAUACAGCUAGGAUAAAAAUAUACGUCUUAAUGUGAUAUAAUUAAUAGAUUGAUCAUUAUAAUCAUCUGCAAUGUGUAGAAAAUUUCUAUUUUCAAUGUUUUUAAUAUCUGACUCUUUCAAACACGAUUCUUUGACUGUAAUUUUGAAUCACUUUAGCCAUUUCAACCGAGAGCAUCUUUCAACUUGCUUUGUGCAAAUGUUCUAUUCAUAUAUGAAUCUACUAUCUAAUAUUAGAAUAUUUGGUCAUGUAGGAAAAGAAUAUCUAUUCUCCUGUAUCAUGACAUGGUCAAUAUUUCCUGAGAUAGCAUGCACACAGAAAACAGAAUACAAUCACACUAUUCACUAAAGGAUGCCAGUGUCAAUAUUCAUCAUACCUGUGUACUGACAGUGUCUGAAACUUGUAUAGAUAUUAUCAAAACAAUAAAUUGGCAAAACAAAAAGA